AUGAGCCAAAAGCAGCCAAAGUCAGCAGGAGAUAAGAAGCUGAAAGAGAAGGUGAAGGUGAAGAAAGAGGCUGAGAAGAAGAACAAGAGCAUGUCAGUCAUAAAAAAAGCCACGCCCCCACCCAAGCCCCCGAGUCCCACAGCAGCUCCGCCGUACCUGAACCGAGUAGUGGGGAAGGGGAAGUUUGAGAAGGUGGGGAAAACGCUGUCGGUCCCUGCAGGGGACACACUGGAGCUGAGGUGUAAAGGCAGUCGUGUUCAGUGGGACGUCCCGUCUUACCUGCAGGAGGAUGAUGAGGGACGACUCAGGACGGUGCAGCACGAGCGAUACGGCGCGCUGAUUUUAGCCAAUUCGUCAGGAGCCGAUACAGGAGAGUACACCUGCUACCCGCUGUACUGCGAGGACUCAGACUGCAGGAAAGAGUAUGAUAAAGCCCUCAAAGUCUUCAUCUUCUUUCCCGACCCUCAGGAGCUCUUCGUGCCAUCGUCAGAUUAUUACGAGGUUAUGCAUCUCAGAAGUAACUGGCCCACAGUGUUGCCGUGUCAGGUCACGACCCCGCAGGCCAAAGUCACCCUGCACCGUGAGUUCCCGCCCGUGGAGGUGAAGGUGGACGGAUCCGAGAUCUCAUACGAUGUGACGCGUGGUUUCACCAUCCACAGGCCCAAAGCGCAUCAUGCUGGCUCUCUGUACUGCGUGGCCAGCGUGGGGAACCUGCGGCAGAGCUCCAUCAAAUACAUGCUCAUCUACGUCCACUGUGAGAGCACAUCCAGCAUGUCCAACAUGUCCAACACGUCUAACAUGUCCAACACUGCCAGCACAUACAACACGUCUAUCACAUCCAACACAUCCAAAACAGCCAACACGUCCAACACGUCCAACACAUCCAACGUGUCUAACACGUCUAACACAUCCAACACGUCCAAUACAUCUAACCAUUCCAACACAGCCAACAUGUGUAACACUUCCAACGCAUCCAACGCAUCCAAGACAUCUAACACGUCCAAUGCAUCCAACAUGUCUAAUAUGUCCAACAUGUUCAACACGUCCAAUGCAUCUAACACGUCCAAGCAGUCCAACACUUUUAAUACGUCCAAAACAUCCAACACAUCUUGCAUGUCCAACACGUCUAAUACAUCCAACACAUCUAACACGUAUAACAUGUCCAAUACAUCCACCACCUCCACCACAUCUAACACAUCUAACACGUCCAACACGUCCAAAACAGCCAACACGUCCAACACAUCCAACAUGUCCAGCAUGUCUAAUACAUCCAACACAGCCAACACGUCCAAAACAGCCAACACAUCCAACACGUCCUACAUGUCUAUCACGUCCAACACAACCAACAUGUCUAAUGCAUCCAACACGUCUGACACGUCCAACACGUCUAACAUGCUCAAUGCAUCCAACACCUCUAACACGUCCAACACGUCUAACACGUCCACAGCAUCCAAAACAUCUUACACUUUCAACAUGCCUAACGCGUCCAACGCAUCCAACACGUCUUACACAUCCAACACGUCUAACACAUCCAACAUGUCUGACAUGUUUAACACGUCCCACACGUCCAACACAACCAACAUGUAUAACACAUCCAACAUGUCUCACACCUCCAACAUAUCUAACAUGUCUAACACGUCCAACAUAUCUAACACGUCCAACACAGCCAACAUGUGUAAGAUGUCCAAUGCAUCCAAUAUGUCCAACAUGUCCAACACGUCCCACACGUCCAACGCAUCCAACAUGUCCAACAUGUCUCACAUGUCUAACACAUCUAACACGUCCAUCACUUCUAACACGUCCAAAGCAUCCAACACGUCCAACACAUCUAACAUGUUUAACACAUCUAACACACCCAACAUGUUCAACACAUCCAACGCAUCCAACACGUCUAAAACGUCCAACACGUCUAACACGUCUAAAACAUCCAACACAUUCAACAUGUCUAACACAUCCAACACAUCCAACACGUCUAACACGUCCAACACGUCUAAAACAUCCAACACAUCCAACAUGUCUAACACAUCCAACACAUCCAACACGUCUAACAUGUCCAACACGUCUAACACGUCCAACGCUUCUAACACGUCCAACAUGUCUUAUACAUCUAACACAGCCAACAUGUCCAACACAUCCAAGACAGCCAAUAUGUCUAAAACGUCCAAUGCAUCCAACACUUCCAACACAGACAACAUGUCCAAAGUAUGCAACACGUCUAACACGUCCAACACAUAUAACACGUCCAACACGUCCAACACAUCUAACACGUCCAACGUGUCCAACACAUCUAAUACAUCCGACACGUCCAAGACAGCCAACAUGUCUAACAUGUUUAACAUGUCUAACAAGUCCAACACAGCCAACAUCUCCUACACAUCUAAUACGUCCAACACAGCCAACACGUCCAUUAGGUCCAACACAGCCAACACAUCCAACACAGCCAACACAUCCAAGACAGCCAACAUGUCCAACACAUCCAACACGUCUAAUACAUCCAACACAGCCAACAUGUCCAACACGUCCAACAUGUGCAACACGUCUAAUAUGUCUAACACAUCCAACACAGCCAACAUGUCCAACACAGCCAACACGUCUAACACGUCCAACAGGUCCAAUACGUCCAACAUGUCUAACACGUUUAACACGUCCUACAAUUCUAACACGUCUAACACAUCUAACACAGCCAACACAGCCAACAUGUCCAACACAUCUAAUACAUCCAACACGUCCAAGACAGCCAACAUGUCUAACAUGUUUAACAUGUCUAACAAGUCCAACACAGCCAACAUCUCCUACACGUCUAAUAUGUCCAACACAUCCAACACAGCCAACACGUCCAUUACGUCCAACACAGCCAACAUGUCCAACACGUCUAAUAUAUCUAACACAUCCAACACAGCCAACAUGUCCAACACGUCCAACACAUCCAAAAUGUCCAACACUGCCAACAUCUCCUACACGUCUAAUACAUCCAACAUAGCCGGCAUGUUCAACACGUCUAUCAUGCCCAAAACGUCCAACAUGUCUAAUACAUCCAACACAUCCAAGACAGUCAACACAUCCUACACGUCUAAUACAUCCAACACAGCCAACACAUCCAACACAGCCAACACAGCCAACAUGUCCAACACAUCCAACACGUCUAAUACAUCCAACACAGCCAAUACGUUCAACAUGUGCAACACAUCUAAUAUAUCUAACACAUCCAACAUGUCCAACACAGCCAACACGUCCAACACAUCCAACACAUCCAAUAUGCCCAACACAUCCAAAAUGUCCAACACGUCCCACACAUCUAACAUGUCCAACAUGUCCAACACAUGUAAUAGAUCCAACACGUCCAAGACAGCCAACAUGUAUAACAUGUUUAACACGUCUAACAAGUCCAACACAGCUAACAUCUCCUACACGUCUAAUAUGUCCAACACAUCCAACGCAGCCAACAUGUCCAUUACGUCCAACACAGCCAGCAUGUUCAACACGUCUAUCAUGCCCAACACGUCCAACAUGUCUAAUACAGCCAACACAUCCAAGACAGUCAACACAUCCAACACGUCUAACACAGCUAACACGUCCAACACAGCCAACACAUCCAACAUGUGCAACACGUCUAAUAUAUCUAACACAUCCAACACAGCCAACAUGUCCAACACGUCCAACACAGCCAACACAUCCAACAUGUCCAAUAUGCCCAACACAUCCAAAAUGUCCAACACAUCUAAUACAUCCAACUCGUCCAAGACAGCCAACAUGUCUAACAUGUUUAACACGUCUAACAAGUCCAACACAGCUAACAUCUCCUACACGUCUAAUAUGUCCAACACAUCCAACACAGCCAACACGUCCAUUACGUCCAACAUAGCCAGCAUGUUCAACACAUCUAAUACAUCCAACUCGUCCAAGACAGCCAUCAUGUCCAACAUGUCCAACAUGUCUAACAUGUUUAACAUGUCUAACAAGUCCAACACAGCAAACAUCUCCUACACGUCUAAUAUGUCCAACACAUCCAACACAGCCAACACGUCCAUUACGUCCAACAUAGCCAGCAUGUUCAACACAUCCAACACGUCUAAUACAUCCAACACAUCCAAGACAGUCAACACAUCCAACACGUCUAAUACAUCCAACACAUCCAACACAUCCAACAUAGCCAACAUGUCCAACACAUCCAACACAUCUAAUACAUCCAACACAGCCAACACAUCCAACAUGUGCAACACAUCUAAUAUAUCUAACACAUCCAACAUGUCCAACACAUCCAAUAUGCCCAACACAUCCAAAAUGUCCAACAGGUCCAACACAUCUAACACGUCUAACAUUUCCAACACAUCUAAUACAUCCAACACAUCCAAGACAGCCAACAUGUCUAACAUGUUUAACACGUCUAACAAGUCCAACACAGCUAACAUCUCCUACACGUCUAAUAUGUCCAACACAUCCAACACAGCCAACACGUCCAUUACAUCCAACACAGCCAGCAUGUUCAACACGUCUAUCAUGCCCAACACGUCCAACAUGUCUAAUACAGCCAACACAUCCAAGACAGUCAACACAUCUAACACAGCUAACACGUCCAACACAGCCAACAUGUCCAACACAGCCAACAUGUCCAACACAUCCAACACAUCCAAUAUGCCCAACACAUCCAAAAUGUCCAACACGUCCAACAUGUCGAACACAUCUAAUACAUCCAACACGUCCAAGACAGCCAACAUGUCCAACAUGUCCAACAUGUCUAACAUGUUUAACAUGUCUAACAAGUCCAACACAGCAAACAUCUCCUACACGUCUAAUAUGUCCAACACAUCCAACACAGCCAACACGUCCAUUACGUCCAACAUAGCCAGCAUGUUCAACACAUCCAACACGUCCAAGACAGUCAACACAUCCAACACGUCUAACACAGCUAACACAUCCAACACAUCCAACACAGCCAACAUGUCCAACACAUCCAACACGUCUAAUACAUCCAACGUGUCCAACACAGCCAACAUGUCCAACACAUCCAACACGUCUAAUACAUCCAACACAGCCAACACAGCCAACACGUCCAACACAUCCAAUAUAUCUAACACAUCCAACAUGUCCAACACAGCCAACACGUCCAACACAUCCAAAAUGUCCAACACAUCUAACACGUUCAACAUGUCCAACACAUCUAAUACAUCUAACACAUCCAAGACAGCCAACAUGUCUAACAUGUUUAACAUGUCUAACAAGUCCAAAACAGCAAACAUCUCCUACACGUCUAUCAUGCCCAACACAUCCAAGACAGUCAACACAUCUAAUACAUCCAACACGUCCAACACAGCCAACACAGCCAACAUGUCCAACACAUCCAACACGUCUAAUACAUCCAACACAGCUAACACGUCCAACAUGUGCAACACAUCUAAUAUAUCUAACACAUCCAACAUGUCCAACACAGCCAACAUGUCCAACACAUCCAACACAUCCAAUAUGCCCAACACAUCCAAAAUGUCCAACACGUCCCACACAUCUAACACGUCCAACAUGUCCAACACAUCUAAUACAUCCGACACGUCCAAGACAGCCAACAUGUAUAACAUGUUUAACACGUCUAACAAGUCCAACACAGCUAACAUCUCCUACACGUCUAAUAUGUCCAACACAUCCAACACACCCAACACGUCCAUUACGUCCAACACAGCCAGCAUGUUCAACACGUCUAUCAUGCCCAACACAUCCAACAUGUCUAAUACAGCCAACACAUCCAAGACAGUCAACACAUCCAACACGUCUAACACAGCUAACACGUCCAACACAGCCAACACAUCCAACAUGUGCAACACGUCUAAUAUAUCUAACACAUCCAACACAGCCAACAUGUCCAACACAGCCAACACGUCCAACACAUCCAACACAUCCAAUAUGCCCAACACAUCCAAAAUGUCCAACACAGCCAACAUGUCCAACACAUCUAAUACAUCCAACACGUCCAAGACAGCCAACAUGUCCGACAUGUCUAACAUGUUUAACAUGUCUAACAAGUCCAACACAGCAAACAUCUCCUACACGUCUAAUAUGUCCAACACAUCCAACACAGCCAACACAUCCAUUACGUCCAACAUAGCCAACAUCUCCUACACGUCUAUCAUGCCCAACACGUCCAACAUGUCUAAUACAUCCAACACAUCCAACACGUCUAACACAGCUAACACAUCCAACACAUCCAACACAGCCAACAUGUCCAACACAUCCAACACGUCUAAUACAUCCAACACGUCCAACACAUCCAACACAGCCAACAUGUCCAACACAUCCAACACGUCUAAUACAUCCAACACAGCCAACACAGCCAACACGUCCAACAUGUGCAACACAUCUAAUAUAUCUAACACAUCCAACAUGUCCAACACAGCCAACACGUCCAACACAUCCAAAAUGUCCAACACGUCCCACACAUCUAACACGUUCAACAUGUCCAACACAUCUAAUACAUCUAACACAUCCAAGACAGCCAACAUGUCUAACAUGUUUAACAUGUCUAACAAGUCCAAAACAGCCAACAUCUCCUACACGUCUAUCAUGCCCAACACAUCCAAGACAGUCAACACAUCCAACACGUCUAACACAGCUAACACAUCCAACACAUCCAACACGUCCAACACAUCCAAAACGUCUAAUAUAUCUAACAAAUCCAACACAGCCAACAUGUCCAACACAGCCAACACUUCCAACACAUCCAAUAUGCCCAACACAUCCAACACAUCCAAAAUGUCCAACACGUCCAACACAGCCAACACGUCCAACAUGUCCAACACAUCUAAUACAUCCAACACGUCCAAGACAGCCAACAUGUCCAUGUUUAACACUUCUAAUACGUCCAACACAUCCAACACAGCCAACACGUUCAACAUGUCUAACACAGCUAACACGUCCAACACGUCCAACACAGCCAACACAUCCAACAUGUCUAAUAUGUCCAACACAGCCAACAUGUUCAACACAUCCAACACGUCUAAUACGUCCAACACAUCCAACACAGCCAAAACAUCCAACACGUCUAAUACGUCCAACACAUCCAACAUGUCCUACAUGUCUAACACAUCUGACACAUCCAACAUGUCUAACACGUUUAACACAUCUAACAUGUCUAAUAUGUCCAACACAGCCAACACAUCCAACACAGUCAACACAUCUAUCAAGUCCAACAUAGCCAGCAUGUUCAACACGUCUAUCAUGCCCAACACGUCCAACAUGUCUAAUACAUCCAACACAUCCAAGACAGUCAACACAUCCAACAUGUCUAACACAGCUAACACAUCUUAUACGUUCAACACAUCUUAUAUGUUCAACACAGCCUACACAGCCAAAAUGUCCAACAUAGCCAAUACAGCCAAUACGUCCAACAUGUGCAACACAUCUAAUAGAUCCAACACAUCUAACACAGCCAACAUGUCCUAUAUGUCUAACACGUCCAACACAGCCAACACAUCUACAGAAAAUUAGUGUGUUACAUUCAUUUACACACACAGAUCAGUGGUUAACCUCAAAUAGAUACAGAAUAAACAUCCCACAUUUUCUUGUAUUGACAGAAAAUAAUAUAGUUUAGUAAUUCGAGAUAUUUCUGUAAUGUGGUUGAAAUUUUUCAGUUUUUUUAGAGCUGAUUCUUUGAGGAAAAAAAUACACAUUUUAUAUAUAUAGUCAACUCUAGUUGCACAUGC